ACGCUUGUAAUUGAACGUGUAUAUAAAUAUAAUCAAUCGAUUAUCAAUUCAUUAUCGACGUAAUCAUGGAAUCAAAGUACGAUUGUGCAAGUGUGUGUCGACAAUCGCAACUAUCCACAUUAUAUAGUCAGAGCUGUCAAGUGCAGAUUCGAACGCUGCCCGAGGUUAUGAUAUGUGACGUGUGAGAUUCCAUGCUGUUUGCUGGUGAAAAGACAAGACAAUUAAGCUGAAGAUGGCUUUCAAGAUGUUGGAUGAGAUUUGUGCAGUGUUGGAGACGUACAAGGGCAGGGACAAGUUUUUAAGGACGUUAUGUUAUAGCACGAAGCUGAUCGGCGGUUUGGCAGGGAACGAGGUGGUCGCCAAAAGGUUGCUGGCGUUCAGCUCGAAGAUGUCUGGGACGAGGGCCGUCCUGAGGCUGCUCGACGAUUUGCCAAUGCUCAAGUACAAUUUGGAGUACGGAUUGGGCGGGGAGGAGCCUGACAAGUUGAUGGCUUCAUUGGGGGUGGUCACGAACGUCAUCGACCAAAUCUAUUAUCCAAUCGAGAAGAUGAGCUGGCUGCUGGAGCACAAGCUCAUCGAUGGGAACAAUGGUGGGGCUUGGGAUACGGCGAGUUCUGUUUUCUGGGUUGCCUCCAUCUAUUUUAGCCUAAUGAGAAAUUUGAGGUACGUCGCCGUCUUGGAGAAGCACAAGAACUGCAUUGGAUCGGUCGCAGAUAAAAGGGAAACGCUGGAGAAGUUGCUGCUGAAUCAAAAGUUCGAGUUCCUCACCUGCAUUCGCCUGUCGCUCGAUCUGGUGCACGCCAUAAACACGUUGCCGAAAGGUUACCUGUGGGGAGAGAAGCUGAACAACUGGCAGGUGGGGCUCAUCGCCUCCGCCUCUUCAUUCUUGGGCCUCUACCAGCUGUUCGCGAAAAGGCAAAUGAAACAGUAACAACAAUAAUAAUAGUAAUAAUAAUAAUAAAUGGAAACAACUAUUUUUCUACUCGUCGUCCUCAAAAAAAGCAACAACAACGUAUUGUUAUUAUUAUUAUUAACAUUAUUUUAUUAUCUAAUUCGAUUAAAGAGAAACGCUAAGGGAAUAAAAA